AUGGCGGCGCUGAGCGGCGGCGCGCCAUGGCGGCGGGGCUGGCUGCCCGCCCUGCAGUUCGUCCGCCGCGGCUCCAAGGCGGUCACCCGUCACUGGAAGGCCAUGCACUUCCAGCGCCAGAAGCUGAUGGCCGUGACCGAGUACCUGGCCCCGCGGCCGGCCGUCCCGCCGCGCUGCCUGACCCCCAGGAAGGAGACGGUGGAGGAGGACAACGGUUACGUCCGGCUGUUACGGCGGCAGGUGGAGGAGGUCUUCCGGGACAAUCGGAUGAUUGCCAUCUGUCAGUACAACUCCAUGCCCGGCGAGGACAUGGUGUUGAUGAGGCACUACCUCCGAAAGCACAACAUCGAGGUCAAGUUUGUCCUGAACGAGAUUAUCAGACCCGUGCUGUCCCAGUCCAAGUACAAGAAUCUCCUCCCUCUCUUCGUGGCACGCAAUAUCCUGCUGGUGAGCCAGGAAACGAAGGUGAAGGAUAUGCUGCGGGUGCUGAAGGGAGUGCCGCAGAUCAACCUCCUGGGCGCCUGCAUCGACGACACCAUCCUGAGCAGGCAAGGAGUGGAGAGCUUCGCCAAGCUGCCCUCGCUGGAGGCGGCCCAGGGGCAGACGGUGGGUGCCCUGGCCCUCCUGCCCUCCCAGACGUCCUCCCUGCUCCAGCGCGGCUCCACGCACCUCACGGCUCUCCUGGAUCAGCACAUCCGCCAGCUGCAGGCUGGGGAGACGGGGAGCCCGGCCGAGCCCACCCCUGCCCAGAGCUCGGGGGCUCACUGAUGCAGGCCCCCAGCUGGGCUCCGUGUGUUGGCCGGGAGUCGUCUCCUUCACCGGCUGCAGUUGGGGAGGGUCAGGGGUGGAAGGUUUGGUGCCGGGUGGGCAGCCGACAGCGGGACUGAGGGUCCUGCAGCACCACCAGCCCAUUUGGGGAGCCCCGGCCUUUCCCUGUGCUCCCCGCUGCCCGCACCAAUGGUGCCUGGGAACAUCCCAGCUGUGUUUCAGGCGCUGUGGGGCUGCGGUUGGAGGGCCGCUGGGAUCGGCCGGAGGAGGCAGAGUGCGGCGGGGACCCGUUGCCGUGCUCAUGGGGAGGGUGUCAGGCACUCCGAGCUCCCGUGCCCUCCGGAAUGGGGGCAGCAAGGGGGAGCCCAACAGUGCUGACUGAGCUGCGUCUGUGGGAUCGUUGUCUUGUCCAUUAAAGUGUGGUGG